GUCAAGAUGGCGGUCGAGUUUGAUGGGGACCGAAUGCUGAAAAACAAUCACAAUGCUAACUCUGUGCAUCCAAAGAGACCACUUUGUGCUUGCACGUCAUACAGCUGCAACAAACUCUUCUUGUUUUUAUAUGCAUGUUUCUUCGUGGUUAUUGGAGCUGGACUCCUGUUAGUGGGAGCAUGGAUUGAGUUGCAGAACAAAGACUAUGAGUCAGUAAACAAGGUGCUGUUUAUACCGGCCAUUAUGUUGAUGGUGGUGGGCUUUGUGAUAAUGAUCAACUCUUUGUUGGGCGUGGCUGGUACUGUCAGAGAAAAUACCUGUCUCCUCAAAACUUUUCUGGUGAUAACAGUGCUGGCAUUUUUUACUCAAGUUGCAAUAGGUGUGUUUGCAUUUAUCCAUAGACAAAAGGUUCCUGAUUUAGUGAGUGACAAUUUUAUGUUCCUUGUUGAAGAGUAUCACCAAAACCAGUAUUACAGAAUGGCCGUGGAUCAUGUACAAGUUGGGUUUCAUUGCUGUGGAUUUGAUUCCUACAUGGAUUAUGAUAAAAAUAUGCAGUACAUGUGUGGAUCAGUAUUACCUCAGCAGUGUGGAGUUCCAUGGUCCUGCUGUAAAAAACCUAAGGAAGGUGCAUUCAAAGUGAAUUGUGGAUAUGGGACAAGAUUUAAUUCAUCUAUGCCUGUAGACAAGAUAAACACAAUGGGUUGUACAGAUACAUUCCUGGCAUGGCUGAGCUGGAAUCUAGAUAUGGUUGGCAUUGUGGGACUUGGAUCUGCUAUUCCACAGAUUGUUGGUAUUUUGUUGGCUUAUUUCUUUGUGCGUCAAGUUAGGGAAAUGCAGAUGUGGUAUCGUGUUGGUAUGUAAAGGGAUGAACCAGACAGCAGCAAACACAGUGGGCAGGAUGAUGCAAAAAAAAACAUAAAUGUUUUAUUUGAGCCUUUGGAUAAUCAAGGUGUAGCAGGAGAAUAUUUUAUUGGGCUAGAGAUUAUUUGGUAAUGGAAAGAAACCGUAAUUCAGUGUUUCUGGAAAAUGUCUUGAAAUAUUGACAUGUAUUCAAAAAUGUUUUGCUCUUAUUGAAUAACUGGAGUAAAUCUGGUGUUGCAAUUUCGUAAAAUUUUACUUAAAAAAGAACAUUUUAUCUGUACUUAUUACAUUGUUACAGAUCGACCCAUUAGUGCAUCAAGGUGCUAUUUACAAUUAAAUAAUGAAUGCAGAUAGCACCUUGAUGCACUAAUGGGUCGAGAUUUGUCUUGGAUAUAAAUUAUAUACAGGUAUUAUUUUCAGUAGACAAUUAGAAAUAUGUUUUAACAUAAAUAUAUUUAUGUUUUGUAUAAAUUCACUUUUGCCAUAGAUAAAUACACACAUAUGUCUAAUGUACUGUAUGUUUUGUAUUUAAACACAUUUCAUAGAUUAAUUGCAUACAUGUCUGAGGUAAAAACAUACAUGUCUCAUAUAAGUACACAUAUGUUAAUCACUCAGAGAAUGCUGAAGAUAAAUACAUGUAUGACUUAGAUUAUAUAUGGAUUUGUCUCGCAUAAUAAUUUAUUUAUCACAAGGUACUUGCUUGUAACACAGUCUUUCUGUUGUGAUACCGAAAACAUUUUUAUAAUUAUACUUUUUACAGUUACUGUAUCAGGAUAUUGUGAAAUCUUUCAAUUUUGUGUGGUCGUAUAAUUUCGUGGUUUUGGCAGAAAUAACUAUUUCAUGGAGGGACAUAAAUAACUAAGUUUAUUUCAACGUUAAAGAUAAAAUAAAUGGAAACUGCUAUGGAUUGUUGUGAUUCGAUAGCUUGGAUUUGUCUAACUAUGAAAUCCAUUAAAAUGAUUCCCCACAAAUAUGAAUGAUUUCCCAGUAAAAACAGUAAUAUUUUGAAAGGGAUUACCUAUAAACUUAUACUUUUAUAUUUUAAUGUACAGUGUUACUUGAAUGCAUGUUUUUGCUUAGCCUUAAAUCUAACAUUAGUUAAGAUCUCUGUGUAGAUAUUUACUGUCAUUAAUUUCAAGAAUCUCUGUGACAGAAUCUCCUCUUUGUACUGUAAUGAUUGUUUGCUAUAAUUUACUUCGUUUCAGUAUAUUUACCUUAACACAAUGUCUGACUGAAUAUUCGACUCAAGGGUAAUUGUUAAGAUGGUAACAAAACCUCUACCCCCAUUCACACAUACAACCAGUAUUAGAUUAUUUUUUCUAACAUACAGCAUUACACAAAUAGUUGAAAAAUAAAAAUUAUUAUUCUUUGGAGCUAGGUUCAAUUCAUGAAAUUAAGUGCCAUCAAGGAUUUGUUUCUUGUAUUGUAUUUUUGUAAAGCUUUGAUAGAUCUAUCCAUGUUCCAGAAGAAUAGCCAUUCCAGUUAACACCACAAAUUUUAUGCAAACAAAACGAUUUUACAGUAUGGACAUGAGAAAUUGGAUUAUUUAGAUAUUAUUAUUGGUAUUUGUUGUUUUGGUUUUAGCUUAGAACUAAAGAAAGUCUGGUCUGUCUAGUGUUAGUUGCAGGAGAAUAGGAAGAAUCUUUCAGUAUAUCGGUGUACAAUUUAAGAGUUGCAGGUCAGGCUCUGGUGCAUUUGUAUCUUCAUUUUAUAUGUCCAUCUUGACAGUAUUAACUAUGGAAAUUACCUGCGGGUUGUGUAAUUAAGUUACUGGUUUUUUAACUUGAGCAGUUCUUAGCUGAUGUCACAGAAUAUUAAUAUGCGUAAUAUCUCAGCAGCCAUAUUGUUUCUGUUGUUCUGGUAUUAUGGCCCAUUAGCUACUCGAAAUCGCGAAAAAUUGAGUAGAAAAUUGACAGUGUCGUCUUAGUAAUUUUGGAGUAUUUGUUCUUUGGGUUCAUUAUAAAUCUAUGCCAUCUUCAGAAAUGAGAUAGUCCAUAGUUGUGGUUCCUGAAUUAGUCAAAAUUGAGAAAGUAUAAUUAUGUAUAAAAGUAUUAAAUCAGAAAGCAGUGGAUUUAUUUAAGAAUUAAUUUGCUGUGUAAGGGAACUGUUGUGACUUACAAUGCAAUUAAAAAUUUUUGUAUUUUUGUUCUUUGAAACAAAAUGAAAAGACAAGCAGUAAUUAUGUGCAAUAUGUUACAUAGGAAAAAGCCAAAGAAAUCCAUUUGAGCCGCGCCAUGAGAAAAUCAACAGUGCAUUUGCAACCAGCAUGGAUCCAGACGAGCCUGCACAUCUGUGCCGUCUGGUCAGGAUCUAAACUGUUUGCUUUCAAAGCCUAUUGUAAUUAGAGAAACCGCAUGGAUCCUGACCAGACUGCAUGGUUGCGCAGGCUGGUCUGGAUCCAUGCUGGUAGCAAACGCAAUAUGUUGGUUUUCACAUGGCGUAGCUCAUUUAAUAUUUACAAUGUAUUGCUUGUAUUCACAUGUGAAGUUUUCAGAAAUAAUCUUGCAGUCCAUAUUCAUCAUGGUUUUGCCAAAAUACAAGCUAUGCAUCAAAAUGGAAUGUUUACAUAGGCUGUAGGUUUACUUUUCCCAAAUUUUUACCCAAAUGGUGCUAUAGGAGGCCCACUUUUUUGUACAUUGUAAAUUAAACAUUGUGAUAUGAUAGUUUGAGUUAUAUUUAUCACCAAGAUACCAACUGUCAAAACAGCCAACAUGGAUUUUAGUGAAGAUUUGGUCUGUAUUUUACUGAUAUAAUGAACAUAAACUAUUGAAAUUACGACAGUCUUGAGGUUUUGUUAAAGUAUGUAAAUAAUUUAACCUUAAAAUUGUUUGAAUUUUGUUUAGUGUAAUAUUUUUGUCAUUCAUUUAAAUUAUUCAUACCAAUGACAAACAUUGUAUAAAUUCUCAUUCCCAUUUCGCUUUACAUUAUCAAUGCAUAAUAUUGUGUUGUGUAUAUUUAUAUAAUGUUACACAUUGUCACUCUAAUUUACAUGAUAUGUUUAUGUUUUACAUGUUGCAUAUGAGCAUAACUUACCAAAACGUUUCUAGUUUAAGGCACUAAAAUGCUGUUGUUUCUAAAAUCCAUUAUAAAUAUAUUCAACUUUAUUUGUUUGAAGGGGUACUGUAAAAACAGAUAUUUUUGAGAGACAAAAAUUUCACAAUUUUUAAAACUGAAAUGGUUUUACGAGGUAGAAUACUCACGAUAAAUGGCCUUGUGAAAAAUACGUGCUAUUUAUAAAAAUACAAAAGGUUAGUGAAAUUAUAUCCAUUGCACUUUGUCAUUUUAGACAUGCAGCCAAAUUGUUUUUAUAAUUGAACAGCAAUAUUAGUUGUGUUGAGUAAUUGUACUUAUAAGUACACUUAUCUAUAUGACCUGUUUACUUACUAACAAAGCUUGCAAAUACUAAUAAUGGUAAACACACAUAAGUUGAUUUUAAGCAACUGAAUUUGUGAGUGGGCAACAAAAACAAGUAUGUGGAGAGAAUAUCUUAAGACAUAUUACUUGGUUAUGGUAGAUUACUUGGUUAUGGUUUAAAAAAAAAAAGAUUACAAAACAUGCUUACCAUGACAUAUUUAUUUUUUUCAUAUACAAUAGAAAAUGCAAUUUCAUAUGUGGAUGGGUAUGCAUAUGUUAAAGGAUUUCAUUCUUUCUUUUGAUAAAUGUCUUAAGGCAUAAAAUUCUGACUGAUACAAGGUAUUCAACCAAUUUAGCUGUAAAUGUUCAAAGUAUACACUAAUGAAAUUAAAAUCUGAAGUUUUUAAUGUGAAAAGUUACCUGUAGGUUGCAGCUUGAUUAAAUUUAUCAGAAUUAUUUAGCAAACAUUUCUGUAUUUGGAUUAACUACACAUAUGUAAACUCAUACACAUAUUGAAAUCAAAAACUCUCAUUAACUACUACCACAUUAGUAUUAACUCACCUAUGCACUUACUAACAGCACAGUAAAGUAUAGUGACACCAUAAAACAUACAUUUUUGAACAAAAUCAGAUGUUCCUAAUUAUAAGAGAGUUCCAAGAUGGUGUAAUAAGCUGAGGCGUUUGAAAAAAAAAAACAACGGAAAAAUCGGCACUUUGAAAAUAGUUGUUGUAGUAAAUGUUAAAAACCUAAGCAGUUUAUACUUUAACCCCAAAUUUCCUACUUCAAUUACAGCAUGUUGUAGACUACAAAAUAUACUGUUGGAAAUCCCACUGCUACCACCCCUCAGGAAUUUGAAUAUCAAAAAGAAAAAGAGAUAUAUUAUUAUUUAUAUUUAUAAGAGAUAUUUAUUACAUAGAAUUAUAUCAUUUUCAAAUUUUGUAUCUUGCACAUUUCAUCUCUUUUGCUUGCAAUCAUUUUCUUGCUUGCCAGUGUAAUUUUUCUAGUCUUGAAGCCAAGGGAAAGGACCCAUAAUGACAGCUGGCAAAUAACGUAUUCUCUGUAAGCAAUUUUGCCAGUCUCCAUUUUGUUACUGAAAACCACGUGUUGAGCUAUUUAGGUCCAAGCAAUGCCAAAUUGCAUAUCGGUAAUGAGGAUACGUAAUUAUGUCUCCCCAAGGAGACAUAUUGUUUUUGCCCUGUCCGUCCGUACGUCACACUUCAUUUCCGGGCAAUAACUGGAGAACCAUUUGACCUAGAACCUUCAAACUUCAUAGGGUUUUAGGGCUGCUGGAGUAGACGACCCCUAUUGUUUUUGGGGUCACUCCAUCAAAGGUCAAGGUCACAGGGGCCUGAACAUUGAAAACCAUUUCCGAUCAAUAACUAGAGAACCACUUGAUCCAGAAUGUUGAAACUUCAUAGGAUGAUUGGUCAUGAAGAGUAGAUGACCCCUAUUGAUUUUGGGGUCACUCCGUCAAAGGUCAAGGUCACAGGGGCCUGAACAUUGAAAACCAUUUCCGAUCAAUAACUAGAGAACCACUUGACCCAGAAUGUUGAAACUUCAUAGGAUGAUUGGUCAUGAAGAGUAGAUGACCCCUAUUGAUUUUGGGGUCACUCCGUCAAAGGUCAAGGUCACAGGGGCCUGAAGAUUGAAAACCAUUUCCAAUCAAUAACUAGAGAACCACCUGACCCAGAAUGUUGAAACUUGAUAGGAUGAUUGGUCAUAAAGAGUAGAUGACACUUAUUGAUUAUGGGAUCACUCUGUCAAAGGUCAAGGUCACAGGGGCCUGAACAUUGAAAACCAUUUAUUAUCAAUAACUAGAGAACCACUUGACCCAGAAUGUUGAAACUUCAUAGGAUGAUUGUACAUGCAAAAUAGAUGACCCCUAUCGAUUUUGGGGUCACUCCAUUAAAGGUCAAGGUCACAGGGGCCUGAACAUUGAAAACCAUUUCCGAUCAAUAACUAGAGAACCACUUGACCCAGAAUGUUGAAACUUCAUAGGAUGAUUGGUCAUGAAGAGUAGAUGACCCCUAUUGAUUUUGGGGUCACUCCGUCAAAGGUCAAGGUCACAGGGGCCUGAAGAUUGAAAACCAUUUCCAAUCAAUAACUAGAGAACCACCUGACCCAGAAUGUUGAAACUUGAUAGGAUGAUUGGUCAUAAAGAGUAGAUGACACUUAUUGAUUAUGGGAUCACUCUGUCAAAGGUCAAGGUCACAGGGGCCUGAACAUUGAAAACCAUUUAUUAUCAAUAACUAGAGAACCACUUGACCCAGAAUGUUGAAACUUCAUAGGAUGAUUGUACAUGCAAAAUAGAUGACCCCUAUCGAUUUUGGGGUCACUCCAUUAAAGGUCAAGGUCACAGGGGCCUGAACAUUGAAAACCAUUUCCAGUCAGUAACUUGAGAACCACUUGACCCAGAAUGUUGAAACUUAAUAGGACGAUUGGUCAUAAAGAGUAGAUGACCCCUAACGAUUUUGGGGUCACUCUGUGAAAGCUCAAGGUCACAGGGGCCCGAACAUUGAAAACCAUUUCCGGUCAGUAACUUGAGAACCACUUGACCCAGAAUGAUGAAACUUCGUAGGAUGAUUGGUCAUGCAGAGUAGAUGAACCCUAACGAUUUUAGGGAAACUCUGUUAAAGGUCAAGGCCACAGGGGCCUGAACAUGGAAAACCAUUUCCAAUCAAUAACUUGAAAACCUCUCGACACAGAAUGGUGAAAUUUCAUAGGAUGAUUGUUUAUGCAGAGUAAAUGACCCUUGUUUUUGGGGUCACUCCAUUAAAGGUCAAGGUCACAGGGGCCUGAACAUUGAUAACCAGUUCCGAUCAAUAACUUGAGAACCACUUGACCCAGAAUGUUGAAACUUCAUAGGAUGAUUGAACAUGCAGAGUAGAUGACCCUAAGGAUUUUGGGGUCAGUCUAUUAAAGGUCAAGGUCACAGUGGCCUGUUCAUGUAAAAUCAUUUUUUGGAAAUAACUUGAGAACCACUUGACCUACAAUGUUGAAACUUAAUAGGAUGAUUGGACAUGCAGAGUAGAUGACCCCUAUUUAUUUUGAGGUCACUUGAUCAAAGAUCAAGGUCACAGGAGCCUGAACAGUGACUUGAAAACCACUAGGCCACGAGUGUUGAAAUUUAGCGGGAUGACUGGACAUGCCAAGUAGAUGAUCCCUAUUGCAGCCAACCAUCAGUGUCUCUUUGACUUUCGCUCCUGACCCUUAUUGACUUCUUGCCUAUAGGACUUUGCAUUGGGGGAGACAUGCACUUUUUUACAAAAGCAUUUUCUAGUUACAGGUAAAUUGCCAAGUGUCAUCGUGGGCCCAAUACCUUAAUUCUUCUGCAUUUAUUUUGCUUGUUUUCAUUCAUGAAUAGUCCAGUGCAAUAUUUUUAGCAGCUUGUUUGAGAGAAGUUAUUGUAAAAGACAGGGUAGUCCAAUAUAUUUUUUUUGCAGUUUUUAGGAAUUCUUUACGUAGGUGUUAUCUUCUUCCGAUGAUUUUAGAAGGUUUAUUUUUUACACCAAGAAGGAAUUUGCUAAUUUACAUCUCAAUUUCUAGAAGGGCUGAAUGCAGAAUAACCAUUUAUUUGCUUCUGGUAGUGUAAUUUUUUGUAGUGUUUUCAAAUUGCACUUACGAGUCAAAACAUUGUAUUGAGUGAUAAAUGUGACGGCAUAUAAAGCAAGACUUUUAUAAAAUGAUAUUGCCUAGAACAGCCAUUUCAUCUUUUCACUUAAGUGUAGUAAGAAAGUUGUUUUGGACAUAUUUUGUAUAUCUUGGUUUGUACAGUUAAGAAUAACAUAUCACCAAAAUUCUAUUUUUCCAUACCUUUGUUGUUCAAAUGGAAAACUAAUUUUGCUUUGAGUCUCUUUUGUUGUUUUGUUUUAAUUUUAUUUUGUUAAAGUAACUUCAAUACAUUCACAUGUCUUUUUUUUUGUGUAUUCCAUUUUGUUCUAAUUGUGAUUUUUUGUUUACAUUUUUGUUAUAUAUUUGUAUUGUAAAGUAAAUUUUGUUUCUCAACAUAGGGUUGCACCAGUUUUUAGGUAAAUACUUAGCAACAGGACUUGUACUCAUUAUUAACCUUUUUAUUCCUUAUUAUUGUAAACCAACUACAAAUGUCCAUUGACAGAUUAAACUGAAACUAUUUUCUGGUUGUACUUUAAAUUGUCUUAUUAAACCACAUUGAACCAGCAAUAUCUAUUUGUAAUAGUUUAGCUUUGUAUUGAGAAAUAACAUAUUGUAUUACUGGAGGACAUACUGCAGGACUUAGACAUAUUGCAUGACUUGAUUUUGUUUGUUAGUUUUGGGUUUACCAUAGUUUUUCAACAGUAUUUCAGUUAUGUAACGGCAGGCAGUUAACUUAACCGGCGUCCCUGGAUUCUGUACCAGUACAAACCUGUUCUCUGCAAGUAACUGCAGACUUCCCCACAUGAAUCGGUGGAGGACGAAUGAUUUCAGACAUAAUGUCUUUUAUCAAAUCGUCACGGAGAACACAUGCCUCGCCCAGGGCUCGAACUCACAAUCCCGUGAUCUGUAGGUCUGCGCUCUCCCUAUUGAGCUAAGCGGGCGGGCUUUGCAUGGCUUGAGGAGAGCAAUACUACUCUUACGAAAGAACAAGUGCAUAUUUCUCAAUACAAAGCUCAUCAUUUAUGGAAGGAUAUUUAUAGUUAACGAUAAUUAUACACUUUUUAUUUUGGUAAAAUUGAAAAAAAAUGUUUAUGGACUUAUAAUAUGACAAUGAUUAAAAUGAUGUCACAGCAUAUGAAAUUUCCUCAUGAAUAUGGAGUUUGAAAAAAUAGGACAACUUGUAUUACCAACCAUCUUGUAGAUACUGGAUAUGUAAUGUUAAACCAGUUUUGUACUGUUACAUAAUUUGAAUGCAGCAUUCUGUUAUAAGUCCAGCAAUAAAUGCACUGUUACCUAAAAACAAAAUGACUCGUAAUUUCACAGGUUUUUUUUUAAAUUGUUUAAAUUCUGUUGCAAUAGCUUGUGUCAUAUUGAUAUAAUAUGUCAAAAUGUUGAAUUUGCUGGAUGAAUGAGAGACUUUUAUAUAUUUCUAUAUUUUACUUUUAUCAGUCUUUAAUUAAUUUACUGUCCCCUUACAUGUGUUUUAACCAGGUUUGGAGGAAAAUUUUUAUUCCUAUUAACAGGGAGGUGCAAAGCUAGACUGAAUGAGUAUUGAAUAUACUGUAAAAUUAGAUAUUUUCAUGAGGCUAAAAGUUUUUACUGUUUGUAAAAUUAGAAUUUAAGAAGGUAGAAUGUUGGCAAUGUGGUAUAUGAAGGACUACAAUAUUAUAAAAGCACUUCACAAGUAUUUAUUUUCCACAACCAUUUACCAAAUAUAGUAAUAAUAAAUCUCGCAUGGAAAUUUCUAUUUUACAGUACUAAAACCAAGAGUUAUAAAAUAAGGUUAGAAACAAACAUUGCUGUUGUAUGUAUUCUGGUAAACUGCUUGGUUGAAAUCAGAUGGAGCUCAAGAUUACACGAAACAAGAUCAUUAGAUAUACUGCUGUUUGAUCUACCUUGUCAUGUAACAUGCAGGCUGAUUUUAGUCUGCAACGGUCGCAAAGGCAGAAUUCCUUGCCACCUAUUGCCACUCUUGGAAACCUUAAAAAUGCAGUAAUCUUGCGGAUGUUGCAAAAUAAAGCCACAAUUCACAAAAACCUGUUAAGAUUAGGUGGGUCAAACAGUAAUUUAAAAAUGUCCGGAAAAGUAAUGCUUUAAAUUAUGAAGAUUUAUACAUUCUUUAGCUGUACAGUUGUUAAGAUAUGAAAUAUUGUAAGAUAGAACAUAUAGACUUGUUUAUAGAUAGUUUAGUCUAGAGCUUAGUUUAGUUUUGUUGUUCUUGGUCUAGUCUACUUUGUCAUCUCACUCUACCUCACUGUGAACCUUGAUCAAAGUCACGAAAAUAAACACACUAUAACACAA